CGAUUUCCCGCGACAGUUUACUGUUGGUUUUCAUCCUUGGCAAUCGUAUUUGCUGUCGCCAGCCGUUUCUGAUGUACCGCAAGAUUCGCCCUUAUAAGUGAGAGCUUCUAUUUCGUUUAUUAAUAUUUCGUAUGCUCUCGUGCGUCCGGCAAUCCUUUCCUAUUUUACGGUAACAUAUAAUAUAUUUCCGUCCGUCGACCGUGUGCUUGCGGGUUAUCUUUGUUAGUUCCUGCUUUCGUAAACGGAGAAACACUUGCUAUAUAUCGGAAUCAUCGGGUGUGGAGCAUGUAAUGCAUUUUAGUUCCAUCGAUCGACUACUUCUCGUUUAUGGUAUCGUCUACGUUCACUUGGAUGGUACUGGAGCAAAAAGAAAAUCAUAAUACAGAUGGAAUCAGAAAUAAAAGUAUUUCCUACAUCUGCAACGAUCGUCUUAACGAUAAAGUCUAUUUUAAUACUGGUAUGCCUCCUGCAAACGGGAAUUUGAAUGAGCAGUGUCAACGACAACCAUUGUUAGGUUUAUGUAAAGAAGGAGCCUCUUGUGUAAAAAAUAAUGGUGCUGAUUGGAAAUCCAUAAAUGGAAGUAGUGGUGUACAUUCCGAUUCCUUGGAUAACCACCAAAGAUCUAAAACAUGCUGUACACACAAUGAUAUAGUUGAAGAUAAACAAAGACCAGAUAGUGGAAUUAUGGCUACUGAAGAUGAUGAACAGUUUAGCCAAACAUAUCCAAAUAGCAAUGCUCAUGGAACACCAGUUUAUAUUGAUAUGAGUCCAAGUUGUAUUAAUAUAUCACCAAUAAAAAACAAAAUAAAAUAUCCUCAAGAAAAAUUCAAAACAUUUAUUGCAUUCAUUUUAUUACUUAUAAAUCUACUAAUUAAUACAACAUCAUUAGCUAUGGUUCACGAAAGAGUUCCUGAUCGUACAUAUUAUAAACCUUUACCAGAUACUUUUUUGGAUAUUAUACCUGCUAGUGACUGGGCAUUAGAUGUAUCAGAAAUAUUAAUCAUGAUAAGCACAAACUUAUCGUUUAUAGUUAUUGCAUGUCAUAAAUAUAGGUUUAUUGUCGUACGUCGAUUAUUGUUUAUGUUAUCUCUCUUGUAUUUACUACGGUCAGUAACAAUGUUUGUGACUGUUUUACCUGUGGCUAGUACAACAUACUACUGUUCACCCAAAACUAAUGAAACAAGUCCAAUGCUAAUUGCUAAACGUGUAUUUCAGUUAAUUUCAGGGUUUGGUUUAUCAAUUAAUGGAAAACAUACAUUCUGUGGUGAUUAUAUGUAUAGUGGUCACACUACCAUACUAGUAAUGAGUUAUUUGAUGAUAUCUGAAUAUUCCCCCAAAAAAUGGUUUAUUCUACAUUGGUCUUCUUGGUUAAUGGCAGUCAUUGGUGUUGUAAUGGUCCUUAUUGCUCAUGGACAUUACACAAUUGAUGUAAUCAUAGCUUAUUUUUUUACCACACGUCUUUUUUGGAUGUACCAUACAUUAGCUAAUAAUAAUAUAUUCAAGCAAUCUAGCACUUAUAACUACUUGUCACGAGCUUGGUGGUUCCGGAUUUUUUGUUAUUUUGAAGAAAAUAUAGAUGGUCCUCUACCUAGGCAAUAUGACUGGCCUUUACCAUGGCCUAAAUGCUUUGCAAUUUCUAAUUACCAAAACCAAAAUAGUUAGCCCAUGAUGUAAAUCAUGUCCAUUGUCAACGUUCCUCAGCUACUAUGAAAAUUGAUUUAUACCUUACUCGAUUAACAUUUCCGCAUUUUAAACUAUAAUAUCUUAUUUUUAUAAAUUAUAAAACUCCAAAAUUUCUAUGUAUAAUUUGAUUUAUAAUAGCUAUAAUGAUUUAAUCAUAUAGUAACUAUUAUGAAAUUAUAAAGCUGUAAGAUAAAAAUUUUUAAUUCUAAAAUCUAUUACUAUUAUUUUACAGACUAAUUGUUAUUUUUAAGAAAUAGUAUAACCAAAAUUGUUAAUUAUUUAAACAAAAUCUCAUACUUAAAUGUAUAUUGGUAAGUUCUUUUUUUAUACUUAUUUGUUUGGUAAAACUUUACAUAAUUUUACUACAAUUAAUUAUUAGACUACUUGGUUUUUAUCUGUUAUAUUAAUUUUUUGUUUUUAUUACUUUGCCUAUAAUGGUAUUUGUUUUAUUUAUUAUUUUUUAUGAAAUUAUAACAUGAUUUGUUAUAGUGUGUUUAUGUAUAUAUUUAUUAUUUAUAAAAUGACUUGUUAUUAACUUAAUUCUUAAUUAAUAUCUUCUAGUCUUAAUGUUAAAUUUUAUUAGGUUAUUUUGCAUUUAAAUGAUAUUAUGUGACAUUUACUACUCAAAGCUCAAGAUCUUAUCAUAACCUUAAAAUUAGUAAAUUUAUUUAUUUUAACUAAUUUUUUUUCAAGCCAUAUUACUUAAGCUAUCAGCCAACUGUUAUUCAAAAAAUGAUAAAUUUCUAAUAAAUUCAUUUUUUCUAAAUUAAAGCUAAAUUUUUUUUAAAUAUAACUUUUAUUUUUUGUAUUUUCAAUGAAAUAAAUGAAAAUUAAACAUUAUCCAUUAAUCUCUUCUAGUUUUCAUUUAUAUCCGUCCUUAAUAUUUAAAAUGUAACUACGAUAGAUAAAUAAAAAUUUUAAUACAUUUUCAUUCUUAAAAUAACACAUACAUUCCUAAACUAUCAAACUAUUAAGUUUCUAAUGUAGAAACACUUUAGAAUAAAUAUUUUACAUUCCGCAUUAUCUAAUUUUUAGAAUUAUUUUAGAAAAUAAUAUUUGUAGUUAUGUACAGAGUUUAUAUUUCACUUAAUAUUUUUUUAAGUACAGUUUAAUGUCAUAUUAUAUUAUUAAGCAAAAUAAAUGUUAAUCUAUAGAAAUAUUGCCUUAUUGUUUAUCUUUGUAAGUGUAUGAUGUUAUGAAGAAUCACAUUGCCUAGUUGUGUAAAAGUUGUUACCUAUCUAGAUAAAUUAUUUUUGAAAAAUUCUAAUGGAGUUAUGAGGAAAAUUAAUAUUUGUAUUGCAAGAUUGUUUAAUGUAUGUUUCUGUGAUCUGAGUAUAAACAAUUAUUAGUUUCUUAUUAUUGUUGAUUGUAAAGAAUUUUUGAAUUUUGGUUUCUAUCAGUAUUUUUAAUUUAAAUAAAAUUAUGUUUGUAGUGUU